UUGGUCUACGGAACACUUAUACUCUACGGACUGCAUCUACUUCUAGACUACUUCGAAGUAGCCAUUCUAUCUCCACAGGAACUUCUCUUCAAUGCUGUCGUAUACUGCAUCCCUACGCCGUUGCUAUUGGAUUCCGCCCGAAGGAACGAACUAAGGGAGAACAACAUGCUGUCGCAGACACACGCGGCGAAGAGCGAUGCUUUCCGCAGAGCCAUGGGACUGGGAGGACAUGCGUUGCUGCAAAAGGGGGAGUCUAUCGGCAUGGGAGGUGUCAUGCGACGAGCGAGCAUGAUAGCUGGAGCUCGCCCCGUGGUAGUCACUUCGGACGCACCGGCGGGUCUCGGCAACUGGGACAAUUCAUGCUAUCAGAAUAGCGUUCUGCAAGCGUUGGCAUCUUUGGUGUCCUUGAGAUCCUGGCUGAGUGUGUCCGAGCCUCCCGGUGCAGGGCCAGAAACAAGCACCAAUACUGCUCUUCAGACAACGAUUGCAAAACUCAGAGAUCCUGCAAAUAAUGGGAACCAUAUCUGGACGCCGGCACAAUUGAAGAACAUGAGCAGUUGGCAGCAGCAGGACGCACAGGAGUACUUUUCGAAGAUUGUCGAUGAAUUGGAGAAGGAAGCCACAAGAGCGGCUGCUUUGAAGAAACAGCCUGGUUUGGAAACUUUGGUGGAUGCACAGCAUGAGGGCGGAAACGAUCAGGACGUUUUGAGGAAUCCGCUCGAAGGCAUGACUGCUCAACGAAUCACCUGCACACGAUGUGGCUUUUCCGAGGGAUUCUCAAUGAUCCCGUUCAAUUGCCUCACGGUUCCCCUCGGCUCUUCCUUCGACCAGGAUCUUGAGGAUUGCUUGGACGAGUACACAAAGAGUGAGGACAUCGAAGGCGUUGAGUGCAACAGUUGCACUCUCAUUCAAGCGGAGAGCCAACUGAAGCAGAUGCUUUUAACCAGCAAAAGUGGAGAUGCUACAUCUCCACCGCAGAGCAUCGCAAUGCCUCCAGAAUUGCGUGCACAGAUCGAAGCCCGGCUACUUGCUAUUCAGCACGCCUUGGAGAUGGACGACUUCUCGGACAAGACCUUGAAGCAAGAUUGCCAAAUAUCACCAAAGGCCUACGCCAGCACCACCAAGGAACGAGAGGCUGUUCUGGCUCGAGCGCCUGAGUCACUCGCUAUUCACAUCAACAGGAGUAUAUUCGACGAGUUGACGGGAGCCCAGAGGAAGAAUCAUGCACAUGUUCGUUACCCAGCAAUUCUGGACCUCGAGCCCUGGAUGGCGAGUUUCUGCAGCACGCCGACGCGAUACGCUCUGCAAGCAGUUGUGACGCACUACGGAAGACACGAGAAUGGCCACUACAUCUGCUACAAGAAGCACCCUCGCCGGCUAGACGAUGAGGUCGAGCUUGAUGAGGAUGUGCCGCAGAAGGAGAGCUGGUGGCGGCUGAGCGAUGAGGACGUGUCGCUUGCGCCUGAGGAGGACGUUCUGGGUCAAGGCGGCGUGUUCAUGCUCUUCUACGAGCGCAUU